AUUUGCAUUGCUGAGGACUUCUGUGUCAGGGAUUUGAUCUUGCCACUUGAUCCUCAGAAGUUUCCUCAGACAGCUCAAGUGGAAAUGUUUCAGUUUUUUGGCAUGACGCUGGUAGACUGUCCAGGUUUCGCACCCAUACAGGAGAGUUUGUUAGACAACAGCCCGAUAGACCUUCAGUUUUGUCUCCUGCUUUAUGCCAGUCCUUUCCCAUACCGAGUCACGUAGACGUCCAAAGGCAGCACUGGCCUUGACAGUCCUGAUGCUAACUUCGUCAUCUAUGUGCACAGCACGAGACAGUGUACUACCAAGGUAUGUAAACUUGUCAACAGCUGAAAGCUUUUGCCCAUUCACAAGGAUGGUUGGCUCAGUGUAGGGUUUCCCAGGAGCGGGUUGGUAUAGGACUUUUGUCGUCUAUGUGCUGAUUGUCAGGCCAAAGUUGUUGCAAGCUGAAGAGAGGUGGUCCAUACUGUCCUGAAGAUUUUUAUUUGAGCCAGCAGCCAAAGCACAGUCAUUAGCAAACAGCAGUUCUCGAACAGUGUCUACCUCCACUCUAUUUUUGGCUUACAACCUCCGCAGAUUGAAUAGCCCACCGUCAAAACGGUAGAUGAAUUUGAUCCCAGUGUUGUAAUUCUGGAAUGAGUCUUGCAGCAUGGCAGAAAACACCAUGUUGAACAGCGUUGGCGCUAAGACGCAGCCUCUGACGCAGGAUCAGAGUGUUCUUGCUGCUCUCUGAUACUGGCCAUCAUGGAGAUUACGCACAAUGCCAAUAAACUUGUCUGGACAACUAUAUUCAGAUAUAUACCGUUUGUAUAUCGGACUCUGUUCACCAGACUACAUCAAUAUCCUCAUGUAUUAAUGAAUUAAAGACCUGGCUGAAUUGCAACUUUCUCAGUUUAAAUCUAAGACAGAAAUCUUAUUACUGGUCCACCGUCUCUAACAAAAAACGUAACUAAGACUCGCACACUUGACCUUGAAGCUACAUCCAUUUUUCCAGCUGCUACUGUUAAAAACUUGGGUAUCACCCUUGACUCUUCACUGACCUUCGACCUCUACAUUAGUCAACUCUGUAAAGCCGCAUUUUUUCAACUUCGCCGCAUUUCCAAGCUCCGUCCCUAUGUUAGCCCAAAAGACGCUGAAUCUUUGGUACAUGUGUUUAUCACAUCUCUUCUCAACUACUGUAAUGCUCUUUUUUCCAGACUACCAACACACUCUCUCACGUCUGCAAUAUAUUCAAAACUCUGCCGCAAGAUUGCUAACAUACACUAAACGAUACGCUCAUAUCACUCCAAUUCUGUUUGACCUCCUCUGGCUACCUUUGUCUUCUCGUAUUAUUUACAAAAUUCUCCUGCUUACCUUUAAGUCACUCAAUGGUCUUGCUCCUUCCUAUCUCUCUGACUGACUUUCUCAUUAUAUUCCCCCUCGAACCCUCCGAUCUUCUGACUGGGAACUCGUCUUUGAGUCGAGACUUCGCCUUUCAUCUAUGGGUGGUUUUGAGCCAAUGAAAGGAGACUGGGUGUUGGCUCAAUAUUUUAUCAGCCCUGAAGAAUGGAGUAGUCAGGCCCAAACAGUUUCACCACUGCGAUAUCGCCGCAUGGACACGGUGGCUGUGACAUGCAUAUUUGGAAGGAGUGGUGUUGUGGAAGACAGUGUGUUUUUCAGCCUGGAGUCUCUGAUAGUGCCGUCUGGCUUCAAACCUGCUAGGGGAGACAUCGUGAAUGUGGUGGUGCUUGAAAGCAGUCAGUCACUUUAUAGCUGGAGAGCUCUGUGCAUGACCCCUGUUCAGCACAGUAACCCACAGACAAGCACCUCAGUCCUGAACAUGCCUGAUGCUGAGAUCCACAACCUGCUUGAGAAUAAGGGUGGGCUCGCAGUCACUCAGGAAACCCAUUUUGGCUGUCUCCUACUAGGAAAGAGGAAGGAGCUGCUGAUCUGGGUCCAAAACACUGGAUCAGAGCGUCACAGAUUGAAGUGUUGCGAGUUUGCAGGAUGGGACUCCGAGCAGCAGUUUUCUCUCAGCUCUGUGUCACUCAGCAAACCUCCAAACAUCAAAGCUGCUGAUGGGCCAAGUGGCUUUUACCCAGCGGAGGGCAGUAGAGAUGUUGAGGUAGAGGAUGGUAAAGACCUAGGUUCUCUGCAGACUGAAGCUGUGCGAAUGUUGGCAAGUGACCUAGAGAUUGUACCUGGAGAGAAGAUGUCUGUGACUGUCAGCUGCCAGGCCAAGUCUCUGGGUUGCUCUGAUGAACUGUUGCUGCUUCACUUUUCUUCUUUUACUAUCGGGAGGCGUCUGAAGGUGUUGGUGAACAGCGCAGAGGAGAGUUUGCUCAAACCCAGCGCCCCCUACUGUCCUGUAACAACACUGCCACGUCAGCAGCCUACCCAGAUUCUUACGGUUUCUGCCCCCCCUGCUCCUCUCAGGCUUGCUAAGAGGCAUCUACCAAACUUUUUGGGGAACUAUGCAGUACCACAGGCUCUCCGGGAUUGUGUUGAAGCCCAGAAAGAUGUGCUGAUUGUCCAGCCCGCUUUGGCAGAGCCGCUGAGUUUGUGGUCGAUGUUGCCACGCUUCUCUGCUCUUCUGUGGUUGGAGGAGUUGCAGGCUGAGAGGGAGCUCAAAGAGUUGAGCAUCUCUGGAGCUAUCCUCAGGAAGGGAGCGGUUUACUUACACCUGGAGGUGCCAGGACUUGCUGAGGGCCGUCCAAGCCUCUUUAUUGGUGAUAAAGUUCUUCUAAAGAAACCAUGUAAUGGAGGAAUUACUAUUGAGUACAUAUCGUAUGUCACAGAGAUUAAUGAAGAAGAUGUGAGCUUGCGUGUAAACGCUGACUUUCACAAUAGCUAUCUAGGAGAACCUUUGGAUGUUGAGUUCACUUUCAACAGGUUGACCAUGAGAAGGUGCCACUGUGCUUUGGAACAAACCAAACAUUUUGGAGACAACAUUCUGUUUCCUAGUGUGCUAACACUACAGCCGCCUCAGUGGAGUGGAGAGUGGGGUCCACAUGACGAGGAUGAACUUCCACAACAAGUGAAAGACACAAGUAAUGACGCGAUGAAAGGGUUGUGUUCUUCGACUACAGAUAUGGUGUCUGUGGCCACGCAAACUAAAACUGAUUUGACAUUGAGUGCAAAAAGCACACCAAACCCUGGCCAGUUCUUCAACUGUCAGCUAAAUUUUGCCCAGCAGGAAGCAGUUAAACAGAUUCUGAGUGGAGAUUGUCGUCCCACACCAUACAUUCUGUUUGGUCCUCCUGGUACAGGAAAAACCAUUACGCUUAUAGAAACUAUACUGCAGGUGCAUCACCACAUCCCUGGCAGCCGUGUGCUUGUCUGCACGCCAUCAAACAGUGCCGCUGACCUCAUCUGUCUGCGCCUGCAUCAGAGCGGAUACCUGAACACUGCCAGUCUGGCGCGAGUCAAUGCUACCUGCAGGCCUGAAGAGUCUAUGCCAGAGGAGUUACGUCAGUACGCGAGGGCUGGUGAAGAUAUUCGACAUGCCAGUUUUCAUCGUAUUGUUGUUAGCACAUGUUCCAGUGCUGGAAUGAUGUACCAGAUCGGCCUACGUGAUGGCCAUUUUACCCACGUGUUUUUGGAUGAGGCUGGUCAGGCCACUGAACCUGAAACUCUGAUUCCUCUGGGUUUACUUUCCGAGGGAGGUGGACAGAUUGUGCUGGCUGGUGAUCCAAAGCAGCUUGGCCCAGUAAUAAAGUCAAAAAUUGCUUCUGCGUUUGGACUGGGAGUUUCUUUCCUUGAAAGACUGAUGAGAUUGCCACUUUACAGUUGUAGUGAGAGAGGCUACAAUCCCAAACUGGUGACAAAGCUGGUUUAUAACUACAGAUCCCAUGAGGCUUUACUGGAGUUGCCUUCAAGGCUGUUUUAUGCUGGCGAGCUGUGUGUGCGUGCUCAAAGAACUGUUGUUGAUUCUCUCUGCCAUUGGAACAGACUCCCCACAAAAGGCUUCCCUCUUAUUUUUCAUGGAGUCAGGGGAACGGAGAUGAGAGAGGGCAGCAAUCCAUCAUGGUUCAAUCCUGCUGAGGCGGUGCAAGUGAUGAUGUACUGUUGCCAGCUAGCAAAGAGACUGUACAACCCCAUACCACCCACAGACAUUGGCAUCAUUACCCCCUAUAAGAAACAGGUUGAAAAGAUGCGUGUGCUGCUCCACAGGGUGGGGCUCUCGGAGGUGAAAGUGGGCUCAGUGGAGGAGUUCCAGGGUCAGGAGUUCCUGGUCAUCAUCCUCUCAACGGUUCGCUCCAAUGAGACAGUGGCGAAUGAAGAAUUGCAAAGAAUGCUGGGGUUUUUGUCCAACCCGAAGCGUUUCAACGUUGCCAUUACUCGAGCCAAAGCUCUUCUCAUUGUCAUCGGAAAUCCACAUGUUCUUAUCAAGGACCCAUGUUUCAGUGCCUUACUGCAGUAUUCUUAUGAUAACGGAGCUUUCCUAGGAUGUGACCCACCAAUGAGGGAUUUUCCCUGAUGGAACAUAGAAACCCCUUUGGUCUCUGUUAUCUCAGUGUGAUCUCAAAACAAACAAAUAUGUUCUAUUUUGAAUAAAAACUGUCAUUCAGUCAAGUUUUGGUUAUUAAAGUCCGUACAGUAAGAUAAUUUAAUGUUUUUGUUUGACAGACAUAAGGGUUGCAGUGGACAUUAUGUAAGUUUAGAAAUGCAAUAUAUUUUCCUGGUUUCCAGCACAGGUAGUUAUGUCUUAAACUUACCUCAGUUUUUCACAUUCUGUUAUUUAUUUUUGACUCUGAGCUGACUGGAGCAGUAUAGAGAUU